UUCAAUUGUAAACCAACCCCCCCAAGCAAAUUUAGAAAACUAUCACAACCACAAUACACAAUGGCUGAUAAUGCACAGGUCAAGGCUGAACAUGAACGCAUUUUCAAGAGGUUUGACGCCAAUGGCGAUGGAAAAAUCUCUUCAGUGGAGCUCGGGGAUGCCCUCAAAGCACUUGGCUCAGUCACAGCCGAGGAGGUGAUACGUAUGAUGACCGAGAUUGAUACCGAUGGUGAUGGGUUCAUUUCAUUCCAAGAGUUCACUGCAUUUGCAUCUGCCAAUAGUGGCUUAAUGAAGGAUGUUGCUAAGAUAUUUUAAUGUGUCUCUUUUCAUAUAUUUUUUUCCUCCCAUAUAUUUUAUAUGUGAUUCAUUUUCAUGACACUACGAGAGCCAUAAGGAGGCUAUUUGGAUGUUUAUCAAGAUAGAAUUGUUUUUAUAGUUGAACGAACCUACUUAUUCAAAUAUAAAUACAUUAUUCGUUUUCUUAAACAAGUGGUUCUUGGCCAAAGUAGACUUUUUCUUUCCUUGGUAAGCUACACUAUAUGGAAAUAUUUUAUAAAUUGU